CCGCCCCUCGCCGUUCGUCCCCGCCGCGGCCGCGCCGCCUGCAGCAGCUGCAGCGGCAGCAGUAGCUGCUCCUACCCGGCGGCCACCCCUCGCGGGUCCCUCCCUGGCUGCAGGAGAGGCGGAGGUAGAGGGAGGACACAGCGCCGCGCCGCCCGCACCGGAGACCUUCGCCUCGCCCUGCCGGCUCCUCACCCUCUGGGAGGACCAUGGCAGAUAAUCUCAGUGAUACCUUGAAGAAGCUGAAGAUAACAGCUGUUGACAGAACUGAUGAUAGUUUAGAAGGAUGCUUGGAUUGUCUACUUCAAGCCCUGGCUCAAAAUAAUAUGGAAACAAGUGAAAAAAUCCAAGGAAGUGGAAUACUUCAACUGUUUGCAAGUCUGUUGGUUCCACAGUCUUCCUGCACAGCCAAAGUAGCUAACAUCAUAGCAGAAAUAGCCAAAAAUGAAUUUAUGCGAAUUCCAUGUGUGGAUGCAGGAUUGAUUUCACCACUGGUGCAGCUGCUAAAUAGCAAAGACCAGGAAGUGCUGCUUCAAACUGGCAGGGCUCUAGGAAACAUAUGUUACGAUAGCCAUGAGGGCAGAAGUGCAGUUGACCAAGCAGGUGGUGCACAGAUUGUAAUUGACCAUUUAAGGUCACUGUGCAGUAAAACAGAUCCCGCCAAUGAGAAGCUCUUGACUGUCUUUUGUGGCAUGCUGAUGAACUAUAGCAAUGAGAAUGAUUCCCUUCAAGCUCAGCUUAUCAACAUGGGUGUUAUUCCUACCUUAGUUAAAUUACUGGGCAUCCACUGCCAAAAUGCAGCUCUUACAGAAAUGUGUCUUGUUGCAUUUGGCAAUUUAGCAGAACUUGAGUCAAGUAAAGAACAGUUUGCCAGUACAAACAUUGCUGAAGAGCUGGUAAAACUCUUCAAGAAACAAAUAGACCAUGAUAAGAGGGAAAUGGUGUUUGAGGUUCUUGCUCCAUUGGCAGAAAACGAUGCUAUUAAGCUACAGCUGGUUGAAGCAGGCCUGGUAGAAUGUCUACUAGAGAUUGUUCAGCAGAAAGUGGAUAGUGACAAAGAAGAGGAUAUUGCUGAGCUCAAAACCGCUUCAGAUCUAAUGGUUUUAUUACUUCUUGGAGAUGAAUCCAUGCAGAAAUUAUUUGAAGGAGGAAAAGGUAAUGUGUUUCAAAGGGUACUGUCUUGGAUUCCAUCAAAUAACCACCAGCUACAGCUUGCUGGAGCAUUGGCAAUUGCAAAUUUUGCCAGAAAUGAUGGAAAUUGUAUCCAUAUGGUAGACAAUGGAAUUGUAGAAAAACUUAUGGAUUUACUGGACAGACAUGUAGAAGAUGGAAACGUAACUGUGCAGCACGCAGCACUAAGUGCCCUCAGAAACCUAGCCAUUCCAGUUGUAAAUAAAGCAAAGAUGUUAUCAGCUGGCGUCACAGAGGCAGUUUUGAAAUUUCUUAAAUCUGAAAUGCCCCCGGUUCAGUUCAAACUCCUGGGAACAUUAAGAAUGUUAAUAGAUGCACAAGAAGCUGCUGAACAACUGGGAAAGAAUGUUAAAUUAGUGGAGCGUUUGGUGGAAUGGUGUGAAGCCAAAGAUCACGCUGGUGUGAUGGGGGAGUCAAACAGACUGCUCUCUGCCCUCAUACGACACAGUAAAUCAAAAGAUGUAAUUAAAACCAUUGUACAAAGUGGUGGCAUCAAACAUCUAGUUACCAUGGCAACUAGUGAACAUGUAAUAAUGCAGAAUGAAGCCCUUGUUGCUUUGGCACUAAUAGCAGCUUUAGAAUUGGGCACUGCUGAGAAAGAUCUAGAAAGUGCUAAACUUGUACAGAUUUUACACACACUGCUAGCAGAUGAGAGAAGUGCUCCUGAAAUCAAAUAUAAUUCCAUGGUCCUGAUCUGUGCUCUCAUGGGAUCUGAAUCUCUACACAAGGAAGUACAGGAUUUGGCCUUUCUAGAUGUUGUAUCCAAACUUCGCAGUCAUGAGAACAAAAGUGUUGCUCAACAGGCCUCUCUCACAGAGCAGAGACUUGCUGUGGAAAGCUGAGAACUACCCCUCCCUGAUACACCUCUCAUUUCCCCUUUGUCCUCCAUCCAGCUGCCUCUUCUGCUUCAUUCUCUUCCAUAUCACUUGUGCAUGCGUGUAAUGUUCCAAUGCCAAUUGAAGAACUGCUGUAGGUACCUGCCCAAUAAUAUUUCUAAACCCAUAGUUAGUGUGAACAUGAAUUUGUCAAAAACAAGUCUCCACCCCAUAACUGUUUCCUUGUAUUCCUGUUGCUUGAGCUACAUUAAGUAGAAUGUGCAUGUUGUAGUCGUAUGAUGAUGACGUAAACCUGGUACUACACAAUGACUUGCUCCUCAUCCUUGGUAGACUACAUAAUAAUGUACUGGUAAAUUAGAAACAAAUGAGAAUGCAGCAGGAUCUGACUAGCUUAUGAAAGAUGGAAUUGAAUAGUAAAAAUAAUAGCUCCAUUUAUUGGUGCUUGGAAAGCACAGUGACCAAAAAACCUGUAUGGCUGCUUAUUCAUUAGUCUUACCUACUAAUGUCAAACCCAUGGUACCUAGAGUUAAAUAAAGUCCAAUGCUCUCGCUCUUUACCCUCUGGUUUCUUCUUCUUCCUUUGUAGACUCUUGAGACUGCCAAAAACUUGGCAAGACUUCCUAAGGUUUUUUAAUGUCAUAUUUAAUUGGCCGUCAUCAGUAGCCUGAUGUUGAAAACGUUUGUAGUUUUCAGCAUGAAACUAAGGGGUUGAAGAAUAUUACACUAGUACAUCUUGGUUUUUGCCUGUAUUUUAGAUUCUGAUAUAUGUACAGUUUCACCUCAGAAU